AAUAUCGAACUUGCAACCAACUUUACCUCGCUAUCAGAAUGAAUGUCCCACCACAUUAGUAAUCACACUCAGUGCGUGACUGGGCAGCUACUGUGAUGAUGCUGCUGAUGAUUUGUCCACAGGAAACUGGAUCAGUCCAGCUGUGUUGACUUCCGCUUUAGAGCUGAGAGAGACGUCAGGACACGUCAGUGUGAUCAGGAACAGACACAUUCAGCGGGAUUAGAAACAUACUGCCGCUUUUAUUCAUACACGGAUCGAUUCCAUCGCUACAAACAACAGCAUUCAGUCUCUCUUUCCCCUCCCCCUGCUCCUGUUUACUGGAAUGCUCUGCUGUGCUCCUGGAUAAAGGAGAAGCCAUUUUCCAUCAUCUCUUCCAGCAAGAGAAGCAGUGAGCAGUCUUAAAGAGACGACAGUGGACUCAAUGAGGGAGUCAGAGAGGGAGGAGCAGCUUGAUCCCAGCAUGCCUCCCAAAUUCAAACGGCAUCUGAAUGAUGAAGAAGUCACUGGCUCUGUUCGCAGUGAGAGGAGAAACCUACUGGAGGAAGACUCUGAUGAAGAGGAAGACUUUUUCCUGAGAGGACCGACAGGACCAAGAUUUGGUGUUCAAAAUGACAAAAUUAGACAAGUGCAGUCUCAGGUUGAUGAAGUCAUUGAUGUCAUGCAGGAGAACAUCUCAAAAGUGAUUGAGCGAGGAGAACGUCUGGAGGACCUGCAGGACAAAUCUGAAAGCCUAUCAGACAAUGCGUCGGCAUUCAGUAGUAGAGCCAAGCAGAUCCACAGAAGGAUGUGGUGGAGAGACAAGAAGAUGAAAAUGAUUGUGGCUAUUGUGGUGGUCAUCCUCCUACUUAUCAUAAUCAUACCUGUGAUCAUGCGGUAUCGCUAGUGUCUGGCGGGGAGGUUAGAGACAUGGUGUACUCUUCCUCCCUCCUCUUCCUCAUCUUUCUGCUGUAUUUCCUGCGUACCAGAGGGGGCGCUGCACAGAGUUGGGCUGCCCACUGUGUUUGCCAUGGUUUGGCAGGGUCUGGAAACAUAACAAACAGGGGCAGAGUUAAUUUGUGUGGGCGUGUGUGUGUGUGUGUGUGCGUGCGUGUGUGCGCGCGUGCAUGUAUGUAUAACUACACAACAUAUAAGUUAUUCACAACGAUGGCAUAACACUGGUGCAGACCUGUCUCUUGUAUGGGCACAAACACAAGCCUGUACCAUAUUCAAAAGAAAACACAGUGGUUAUUUUAUUUUAUAUGCAGUCAAUAAGACAAAAGGCAAAUAUUUAAGGAAACUUUACACAAUAAAACAUGGGUACAAACUUUUAGCCCUGCAUUCUAUUGGUUUUUCAAUGUCUUUUUUAUAGUUUGAAGCUUACACCAUGACGCAUACAUUCACACACUGUUAGAAUUAUACAGGAUUUACUUCCAACAUAGAUAGGUCUAUGGAAUAAGGUUUUCUCAGAAGGGUGGGGCCAAACAGUAAAUGAAACAUAAUGAGUCACUCUGCACCAUGGAUGUGAUCUCAUCGCCUGCAUCUAUAUCUAACUGUAACUUCUGUGUGUUUUAAAAUAGAUAAAACAUUAGGUAUAACUAAAGCUACUCUGAAAGGCAACAAGUAAUGUUACUUAAUGUUUACUGCUAUUACCAGUUUCUCAAAGUAUUUUUUCCCUCAUAUUUGGCAACUAUACAAACUUAAAUUAAUCAUGGUUUAUAAUUAAGUUAUUUUGAAAAAAGGGAAGUGCUUUUUUCACAGAUUAUCAUGCUUGUAAAAAUGGUUUAUGUAAAGAUUGUGGUUAUCUUCACUGGUGUCAUUAUAACAGCUUGUUGAUUGGUCUGUAAUGUGAUUGUGAAGAUAACCUAAACACACCUGUGAACUUGGUUCAGCCCAUAUUAUUUUACUAACUGUUGUAUGUGUAAUUUUUUCUUUUAUUUAUUUGUAAAUAUCCAUUCCCUUAAUUAGUCAACAUUGGCUUUACAUUGGGAGAUUGUGAAUUACUCUUGAAUCUUGAAAUAAAGUGAUUUUUAAAGAUCA